AUGGCGUCUCCUUACCAGCAGACCAAUGCGACCAUAGAGAAAGAGCUCGCCGCAAAACCAACACUCAAGACUGCGCAGAAGAAGCCAAAGGUCCCUCGCAUCGACUCGAAGGACCUUGACGAGUUGUCCAAAUCCUGGUACCCAGUCCAGCCUCCAACUCGCCACAUUGUCAAUGAUAAGAAGCCACUCUUCGGAAACAAGAGCGACGAGGCGAAGACAAAGAGGAUUGUGGGGUCCAAGGACACCAAGAUCUCGGAGGACUGGGAGCUGGUCGAGCACGAAGAUGCCGACGAUCACGCUGAGUUGGUGUCCGCGUCUGGCAAGGUCACGAAGCGAACAUGGACUCGAAAGGUCCACAGACAGCAACCACAGCCGUGGCUCGUCGUCGCUUUCAGUACCGGCGCAUAG